CUCACCUCUGUGACCAGCGCAGGGCCAGCUGGGAGAUGUUCCAGGUGCUGGCCAAGGCCAGUCCUGCCCUGGGGCCCCAGGUGUUAGUCUGGGCACAGACCAUGGCCUCGCACCAGCUGCGUGUGGCCCCGCCAGGAGCCCUGCUCAAACCGCUCUCCGUCCCCAACCGACUGCUUCUGGGUGCUGGCCCCUCCAACAUGGCUCCCCGUGUCCAGGCAGCUGGCAGGCUGCAGGUGAUCGGGGUCAUGCACAAGGAGAUAUUCCAGGUCAUGGAUGAGAUCAAGCAGGGCAUCCAGUACGUGUUCCAGACCACGAAUGCCCUCACGCUGGCCGUCAGCGGCCCAGGACACUGCGCCCUAGAGACAGCGCUGAUGAAUCUCCUGGAGCCUGGGGACUCCUUCCUGGUCGGGGCCAACGGCAUGUGGGGGCUAAGGGCUGUGGACAUCGGGGAGCGAAUAGGAGCUCAUGUGCACCCCAUGAUCAAGGAGCCUGGAGGCUACUACACACUGCAGGAGGUGGAGGAGGGCCUUGCCCAUCACAAGCCAGUGCUGCUGUUCCUGACCCACGGGGAGUCCUCCACCGGAGUGCUGCAGCCCCUGGACGGUUAUGGGGAGCUGUGCCACAGGUACCAGUGCCUGCUGUUGGUGGAUGCCGUUGCAUCCCUGGGUGGGGCCCCCCUCUACAUGGACCAGCAAGGCAUUGAUGUCCUGUACUCUGGCUCCCAGAAGGUCCUCAACAGCCCCCCAGGAACCGCUCUCCUCUCCUUCAGCAACAGGGCCAAGCACAAGGUCUACACACGCAAGACGAAGCCUGUUUCUUUCUUCAUGGACGUUACACUAUUGGCGAACUUCUGGGGCUGCGAUGACAAGCCUAGGACGUACCAUCAUACCAUCCCUGUCACUGGCCUGUACAGCCUGAGGGAGAGCCUGGCACUCAUGGUGGAGGAGGGCUUGGAGGUUAGCUGGCGGCGGCACCAUGAGGCCAUGGCAUACCUGCACGGGCGUCUGCAGGGCCUGGGCCUGCAGCUCUUCGUGAGAGACCCGGCCACGCGUCUGCCCACAGUCACUACAGUGGUCGUACCCUCUGGCUACAACUGGAGGGAUAUCGUGGACUACAUCAUGGACUCCUUCAGCAUUGAGAUCAUGGGUGGCCUGGGCCCUUCUGCAGGGAAGGUGCUGCGGAUCGGCCUGCUGGGCUGCAAUGCCAGCCGGGAGAACGUGGACCGCCUGACUGAAGCCCUGAAGGAGGCUCUGCAGCACUGCUCCCGCAACAGGCUGUGAUGCUGCCCUGAGCCUCCCGGCCCGGGGUACGGAGGUGCCAGCAGGCCACAUGACCCCGGGCCUGAGGCCAGGAGAGCUGUACGUGACCUUUCUUCCCCCAGCAGGAUCCCUGGAGGAGGAUUCACUGUGCUUUCCGCAGAGCUGCUGUCCCUGUGGCCACUGACCUCCGAGAGUGUUCAAUAAAGCACUGGCCACGUCUCUGCUA